UUUUUUUUUUUUACCUUCUUUUACUAUUAUUCCCCCUAGUUUAUAUAUUAUAUACUCUUUAUGACACAAUUAACUAAUAUCAAUAAAAGACCCUCUCUUUUAAGUUUUCCUAUUCCCUUUGAUCAUCCUUUUACCAUUCCAACAUUGAUUGCUACCUUGUCAGCUUCUGCUUUACUGUACUAUUAUCUUCAAGCCACCCAUGCUGCUGAACUUGUGGAAGCCUUGAGGAAGAAGGAUAUUAAGAAACGGAAACAAUUGAAACGACCUGAAGAUCGCUUUGCUAGUUUGAAGGUUGAAAAACGCUUUGUUAAUCCUUUUGAAGAAUGGCAAGAAGUUCCCUUUUUAGAAACUGCUUUAUUCUGGCUACGUCGAUGGAAAGGUAAUGGAUUACCUAAGGCACAACAUGAACUAGAAGAAUUAUUACCUGUUCAACUACCUGCCUUGGAUACCAUAUUUGCUAGCCGCAUUCGAACUAAAUCACUAAUUCAACACGAACACACAGACAAUGAUGAACAUUAUUGGUCAGACAGUCCUAACAUGCCAACUACUACUACUAUUCAACAAUCGUCUGCUGUUGAACCCGUUACUUUUACAUGGUUUGGUCAAUCAACGUGCCUGAUCACAAUCGAUGGAUUGGCCAUUUUGACAGAUCCUGUUUUCACUCGAUGUUCUAUCAAUGAUUAUCUUGGUCCAAAACGACUUCGACCUAUUCCUUGUAAAUUAGAAGAUUUCCAAGAAAAUUUAGAUAUUGUUUUGGUAUCGCAUGAUCAUUUCGAUCACUUGGAUGAAAAGGUUGUUUAUCAAUUGGGAAACUCUGUGACAUGGUAUAUACCACUUGGACUCCAGGAUUGGUUUUUGAAACGGAAAGUUACAAAUGUAGUGGAAUUGGAUUGGUGGCAAGAAAUUCGACAUCAUUCUAGACCUGAUAUCAUGAUUGCUUGUGUCCCUGCUAUGCAUUGGAGUGGAUCAAGGACUCCCUUUGAAAAAAAUGGAACUUUAUGGUGUAGUUAUGCAAUUAAAGGACAAAAUAAUAAUGGUGUAUUCUUUUGUGGAGAUACUGGAUACUCAUCCGAAUUAUUCAAAGCUAUUGGCGACAUCUAUGCUCCAUUCACUCUAGCAGCCAUUCCAAUUGGUAGUUUCCAACCUGAAUCUAUGAUGCAACAUGUACAUAUGGGUCCAGACGAUGCGAUUAAAGUACACGAAGAUCUGAAAAUGCCUCGAUUGUCGGUAGGUAUUCAUUGGGGAACAUUCAUGAUGUCCGACGAGCAUUAUUUGGAACCACCUAGGGCAUUGACACGAUUAUGGCAAAAACGACAGCAACAAGGUUUACUGAAUCUUGAGCGUCAUGAUGAUGAUGAUGCACAGAGAUCUUCUUCAAGACAACCAUCUACUCAUACAAACAUUGAUGAAGAAUCUACCUCAUCUUCUCCAACUUUUGGUGGUAGUGAUGUACAAUCCAUUGGAUCUUCAUCAAGUUCAUCUACCAUCUCGUCUUCCAUGGCAAUGAACACUGACGACAAAACAACUGGAUUAUAUUCAAGUCGAUUUAUUACUACAGCAUUUGGUGAAACCGUGAUUAUAGAUUAAUUAGUGAUAUUGAUUUUUUUUUUUUUUGUUGUUGUUAUAGUAUUUAUUUUUAAAAAAAUUUGAAAUAAAGAGGGACCUAUGUAUAGGUUGAUGAUGACUUCUUUA